UCGGACCGAAUCGACUGGCAACACUGCCAUAGUGACGCGCAAAGUGAUGCUCCGCUUCGGAGCAAAAAAAUAAAACUUAUUUUCAGUGCGCUGGAUGGCAAUCGGAUGGUUCGAAGGUUACAAAUAACUUCGACAGCAUGUAGACAUCGCAUUGGGAUAGAUUGUUGCCUCCUUGUCGGUCGAUUCAUCCCAAAAAUUACUUCGCAAGCCCACUGUACGUGUGUGCGUUCAUUGUAGUUGUGUGAAUUCCGGAAAUCAAACAUGGCGUCCGUACCGGAGGUAACACUGCAUCUAGAAUGCUGGCGCGAUGAACUCAGUCCGGCACAGAAAGCUUCCUACGAAAAGGCAGAAAAGGAGCAUAAUGAAAUUCGGAACAAGCUGAAAGAUAUAGUUCAACAGACUGGCGGGAAAAAUAUUUUCUCCGGACAAGUUUUCACUGCAUAUCAGGUUCUAGGGCCGGUCCCGGGGUUGGAUCUCAUCUCGAAGCCGGUCACUGCAUUAACGCGAAAAAAACCUUUGCCCGUAAUCCAAUCUGCUCUUGCCCCGAGGGUGGUUAUGGGGGCUUCACCUUCCCCAGAGCCCGCCGCCAACCAGAGUCGCCGCCGAAAAGGAAGGUCGGAUACUGUGGUGAAUGAAGAUCCGGAGCCGGUGGUAGACAUUGCUUCUGACGAUGUCGACGAAGAUUAUGUUCCUCUGUCGAAGCGUUUGGCAAAAGCAAAAGAAAAGGAAAAGGAAAAGGAAAAAACGAUCGUCGCAAAAAAGUCGAGAGAAGAGAAGGUUAAAACGCCGGAUCCAAAAUCAAAAUCGCCCAAAUCUAUUGCUUCACCGUCCGGUAAAGUUGCUGCAAUCUCUGUACGGCCCACCGAAUUCAACUCCAUUGGUGGGCUGCAGGUUGGUGCAGAUAAAGACAAAAAAAGAACCAUACCCGAGCCCACUGCGGUUGUUGAUCUGACGAAGGAUGAAGCGGGCAAGCAAUCUGCCGAUUCGCGGGAGAUAUCAUUUAGCAAGAUUCAGGGAAAAACUUUCCCUUCGCUCGUAGUGCUUGCCCGACCGUCGCUCCGGGUGGCCGACAAAGCUGUUACCGAUCGGCCGCAGCUCGAUGCUAAGGUAAAGAACGUACUGGUACACCCGGCGCCGAAGUUUACCGAAUGGCUGAUACAACAAGGAUUGAUCAAAUCCGAGCAAACGUGCCAAAUCCACAACGACAAACCGCUCAAGCUAGGCAUGUAUUCGGAUACGUCCAAAUUUCCGUAUUCGGGCGGAUACUUUUGGAUAAGCGAGUGCUGUCCGACCCGAUUCACUUCCGUGUUCCAUGGCUCGCUGUUCGAAGGCUCACCGCAUCCGCCUUCAGUGAUACUGAAGCUCAUCUACCACUGGGCCUGCCAAACGAACGUGUCCAAUGUGGUGAACUGGGUAAAGGUGGACAACGUGUACUUGAAAAAUCUCUACACCUUAUUGCGAUCGGUUUGCACGCUGGCGCUGUGUCGGCACAUGAAUCUGCUCGGCGGUCCCAAACGGGCCAUCGAAAUAGGUGUGAUUUCGCUGGGAACAACCACGCAGGACGGACAGCAGCGCCAAGUUAAGGUCGAGGUUUUGGGCGUGCUCGACCCGGAAGCCAAAAUUCUUCGACUCCGUGCCGUAGAACCCUUGCUGGAUGCUGAAAAAAGCUACAAAAAGCGAUUUUCAAAAAUUUUAGAACCGCUCAGCGACUGGGUCCACAAGGAUAGUAUCAUCCUAACCGAUCUGACGGUAGACAAGGGCACACUGAAUGCCAUGGGCUAUAAAACCGUGAUACAGGUGCCUUCGUCCGAACAGACGCCGAAAAAUAGCAACGCCAAUGUAAUGGACUACCUGAGACGUAUUGUCCCUCGAAUGUUCCAAAACACCUUGUCCUUACUUUCGCGCCAAAUCAUACAACAGUUCUUGAACGAGCUGGUGUGGCGUGAGAUGUACGGAAACAGCCCCGGCACCACGUUCGACAACAUCGUGAAACAUCUGUCGGAGGAAGCCAAAAUUGAAACGAAGGAAGGUUUAAUCACUCGACUCCAUAAGGCUGCUGCCGAUCCGUUCAAACAAUGGGAUAUCGUCUCUGACAUACCAGCGGUGGCGAGAGCUCCAGCGAAACGAGGCCGAAAACCCAAGGAUUACUCUACCACCAUCGCCACCACCAACAUCGCUGCGUCCUCGCAAAAUGUCCUUGCCAAGGCAUCGGCGGAUCCGCCGAAAAAAAUUAUACUGAAGAAGGUGCAAAUCGAGGAGCAAAGGACAAUGGCGGCGACGGCGGCAGCAGAAGCAGCAGCAGCAGCAGCAACCACUACCGGGAGCGGAUACAAAAAGACGAAGCGGAAGCAAGAGCCAAAGGAAGAAACGGUUCUGCUGGAAGAUUACUACUAUGGGUUUGCAGGUGGCAGUGAACUGAACGAAUCCGCUGCUCCCUGUCCGAACUUUGAAGUUCCAUGUCCGGAAUGUCCACAGUUAACGUUUCGGUGCAAUCUACAGCUGCUCGAUCAUUUGCUGGAGCAUGUCAGUCCUACAAGCGCCAGCGAGGACACGGUUCUAUGUCGCUUCUGUUCGAAGCAUGUGCCGCAGGCAGAGCAGGAGCAGCAUAAACUAUUGGCCCAUCCUCAGGAGACGAAAAGCUCCAAGUGGAACAGCUGUUUGGUGUGUCAGGAAAGAUUUAGUACUGCGCCCGUGCUGGCGGCGCACAUGCAGAAAAGCCACAGUCCGUUGGAAAUGCCGUACCGCUGUGCUGGGUGCGAUUUUCGCAGUUCCAUUCUGCCCACGACCAUCGAGCACUUUUAUGCACAGCACAAGGGCACCGUGCUUUUGCAGUGUCCGUUCUGUCUAAAGAUGGCGUGCGCUUUUCGUGUUUCCGGCCGAGCAGCGAAUACCGAUAACGAAUCCACGAACGAGCCGCUGGUAAAGAACGUGAAGCUGUUCCUGGACCAUCUACGCAUGCACAGCAAUAAACGGAUCUCGAAACCGUGCUCCAAAUGUGUGCUUUGCUUCUUCACGAAGGGCGAGCACAAGUUCCACCGCCUGGUCUGCCACGGUCCGUACAAAGGAGUCGGGGCCGUUAGUAAGGUCACGCACUCGGAGACGACAAUUCAAAAGCCACCGAAAAAAGUGGCGACAAAGGAAACCACCUGGUACCGUGUGAUAUCGCGCUUCGAUAAACUGGUCCUGGCAAUGGAGAACGGCAACAUUUGUCUCGAGUGUGGCAACGACUUCGAUCAAUUCAACCACAUGAUUGGGCUGGUGCAAUGCACGUUGUGCAAGUUUCAAACCACUUGCCUUCCAUCGAUGAUCAACCAUACGCUGCGGUGCUAUGCGAACGCCGCCGCCCUACAUGGCCGUCCUUCGUCUGACUUGCAGCAGGAGAUGCACUGCAAGUGUGGCUUCUCGUCUUACGAUGGGUUUGCGCUGGCGCGCCAUCUGCUCGUGUGCUGCAGCAGCGAUGCCGUGUACACCACCGUGGAGGCAGCCCAAGCGAAUGUGACCGAGCGAAGCAUGCUGGAUAUGCUAGGGCUUGUGCGGCGCGACGAAGACGAAGACGCCGCGAUAGCGACGGAUGGAAACGAGGCGGCACCGGAGACAGCGGAUGAGACCUGCCUGCUUCCCGCUUCCAUCGACCACGCAGAAAACGUGUGCGAGAAAGAUUCGAAUCGAGAAGCUGAUGAAGGGGUAAAUUCACCCACCGCUUUGAACGAGCCCGGUGCUAGUAAAAGCGGCGGUGGUGUCGCGUACGACCCUUCACAGUCGCUGUACAACAUUGCCGGAACUGGUGAGCAACAAUUUACCACACAGCUGUGCUUUGACGAUUUGGGGCCCCCGUCGGUUUUGCCGGCACAAGACAACGACCGGACCCCGCAGCUUAAGGACGAUUAUCAAUCGCUGGCUACACCUCGUGUACCGGAUCAGCCAGACUAUUAGCAUACGGUGGUAGUGUAGCACGAUCCUUUCUUCUCUUCUCUUCUCGACCUUUGUUUGUGAUCGCGCUGUGUGAUCGCUCCAUGAUCAUGCGCCAGACACACUUUUUUUACCUUUACCUUCAACAUCGUUUCCAGUGGACAACAAAAAGGAGUAAUAUGAAUUAAUCUACAAAAUCUCUUGACUAUCCUGGAUUUUAUUCGAUUCCGCGGGAAUGGCAAUGAUCUCUUGGAAAAAAGCAAUGUAGCAGUCUGGCCACCUUCGCGUUGAUAAAUUCAUAGUCAUUCGCAUUCAUGUUUGUGAAUCGUGUUGCGAACAAAGCAUGA